GCUUUGAACAAAACAAAAAUUGAUAAAAGUUUUGAACAAAUAUUGACAGCUUAAUAUUAAAUUUUAAAUUUUGCAUUUUUUUUUAAAUUUAUAAAUUAAUAAAAUUAUUAAUCCCACAAUGAAAAUUUUGUUGUAAGUGAAUUAAAGUUUUUGUUAUAAAAAUAUACAAGUAAUAACCGAUGCCGAACCAAACCAAUGACUUUUCGGUUUAAUUCGACAUAUUUUUCUUAAUCCGAGAUAACCGGAAAACUGUACUAACCGAACCAAAGUAUCCGGAAUAACCGUAUUCGCAGGCUUACUCUAAACCGUCGCCUCCUCCAUUUUCAGUACUGUCGAAACGAACCCUAAGUCUCACGUGCUUAGGUAAAAGUUGUUGGACAAGAAAGGAAAGGUGCAUUCUUUCUUUACUAUUGGGCUUUUGUACUCUAUACUAAACCAUUAAGACCAUGUUCGUUUUUUAUCUAAAUAUUCAGACGCAAAUAUACAAAUAUUGUCUAUUGGAUACUGUUCAAGAUGCUGCAUGUAAAUAUAAAAUUUACUAAAAUUGUAAAAAUGUGUGUUCCCACCAAAAUCGUAAGAACGUGUGUUCUUUUCAAAACCGUAACAUUAUUUUUUUUUGUUAAAAACCGUAAAAUUAAAAUUUCCUUCAAAACCAUAAGAUCAUGUUUUCUCACCAUAACCAUAAAAUCGUUUUUCGGCAAAACCAUAAACCAAGUUAUUCUCCAAAACCACGAAAUCAUAUUAUCCCAUCAAAAUUUCAAAAUUGAAUUUUCCGCCAAAUAGCAAAAUUAUGUUAAUUUAAUUUUUAAGAUAUAUAAAUUUGUUUAGGAGAUCAUUUUUGUUAAUUUAUUUUUACAAUAAUAAUUUUCUAAAGAGCUAACAUAUACUCCUUUAAAGGAGGUUUCUCUUUAUAUUGAUUAAGAUUAUUUGAUAUGGAUUCUCGUUUUUGACAUAUAUAUUUAUGUUAGUUUGUAUGUUAAUUUUUCAGAUAUUUAAGUAUUGAUAUUAAGUUGAUUUCUAAUUCAUAAUUUACCUUACUUUAUAUUGACUUUUUUUUACAUUAAUAAAAAAAUAUGUUUGAAAUUACUAUCAUUUUGGAAAAUAAUAAAAUUAAAUUGGUGAUUUUUCAUAUGUUAAUUGGUGGUUUUAAAUCUUAUAUGAACAUUUUUAAUGGUUUAUACUCUCAGUUUUAAUAUAGUAUAUAUUAUAGUUUAAUUUUCCUAUGGAUUUUAAAUUAAGAGUUUUGGCCUAGCUAAGAUCUCUAUAAUAUAAACAUGACCUUAUUUUAACCAUAGCCUUUUUCUAGUUCUAUUAGUUGUACAUGAAUGUGCUAAACUAUAAUUAAUACAUUUUUAUUAUUUAUUUUUCAAUAGCAAAUUAUAUUAGUUUGUGAUUUUAGUAAAAACACUUAUUUGUCGGGCGAAAACAAUGUUUUAUGUUUUUAGAAGGAAAAAUAAAUUUUACAUUUUAUCAAAAUAAACUUUUUUUCGACAAAAAAUAUAAUUUAUAUUUUUGACAUAAAAACAAAAUUUUGUGUUAGCAGAAAACUAAAAACUAAAAUUCGCCUAAAUGGCGAGAAAAAGAAAUUUUGCAAUUUUCAAAUAAUCAUAAUCAUAAUCAUAAAUUUUGUGUAAACAAAAACAUUUAAGUCAGAGGUUCCUAGUUCGAGUGACCACUGGACAAAAUCAAUUUAGCAUGCUGUGAUUUUAAGUUUAGGGGGAAUUACGGGCUUCGGUCCCGAACUUUCUGAUAUUCAAAAAGAAAAAAAAUUAUCAAGUCCAAAUGGUUAGCUAUAUUUGACCCAUUUUUAACCAUGUUAUUAGGGUUUGAGAAAUUGAUACAUUAGCUGGACUAAUCCCUAGCUGUGCUUAUGGGUUUGUGAAUUGGAUUCUUCAUCAAAUUUCAAUGUGUUAAAGACAAAAGUUCUGGUUGUUACUGAGUUUCUUAGGAGUUGUUUAGGAAAUGAUCUGGACUGUGUUAUGACGUCUGAUACUGACUGCGCCCAGUAUUGUUACUUAGCCAAGUGGGUCGGUGUAAGUUAGUAAAAAGGACUAAGCGUUAAUUAGGGAUGAGACGGAUCCGGAUAUCUAAAAAAAAAGAAUAUCCAGAUCCGUCGAAUUUGUAAUUUUAGUAUUUGGAUCCGGAUAUGUUCCUUUCGGAUAUUCGAAUUUUGGAUAUCCACCUGAAUAGUGUAUUAUCUGCGAUUUUUUCAGAUUCAGAUCCGUAAAAAAAUAAAAAAUAUUUUUAAAAUACUAAAAUUUUAGAAUAAUAUAAAACUAAUUUAAUGUAUAAAUAUUAAUAUAUCAACUAUAAUUAUUGUUAAAUUUUAAUAUAUUUAAAAAAUCUAGAUUUAAAUUCGGAUAUCCGAACUAAAAAUUAAAAUAUAUAGAUUCGACGGAUCCGACAUUUUACUAUCUGGAUCCGGAUACGGACAAUCGAAUAUCUUAUUUUAGAGUGAAUCACGAAUCUAAUCUGGAUCCUGGAUAAUAAGUUCCACCCCUAAUAACCGUAGACAUUUUUGGUUUUUUUUUUUCUUUUUUUAAGUAAAUCAAACUUUCUUGUUUUCUUUCUCAGAAAAAGUCAGAAUAAUCAUCAAGGCUUUACUUAUUUCUCUUAGUUAUUUCCAUUUUGGGCCUAUCAGUGUCGGUUCCUUGCAAUUUUAUUAUACUCGCACUUGUCUUUUACAAUGAUUUAGGUUACUUGCAACCGAACUCUCCCCUAGAAUAAUUAACCUAUUGUCUGACUUUCGCAGAUUGGAUAUUCUUGAAAAGUUCUGACAAUACAAGUACAUUACAAACUAUUUUAUGUUACUUUCAGUGAAGUAGCCAUCAUAAUUUUACUAUAUUUUCGUUCUACACGAAAAAAUAUUUUAAAUUCAAUAGAUAAUUUUAUGUCGCCUCCUACAGAACUAUAAAAGGUUUAUUUGCAAAAUGACAAAAAAUAAUAAUUAAAUUUGUAGUGAAAGGUUAGAAAGAAAUAUGAAUAAAAAUAUAAAGAGAGAUGAGAUGUUUUUGGUUAGAUAGUAAAUUUAUAUUUUUAUGUAUAUAGGGUGUAAUUUCUCAACUAUAAAUCUACUUAAAAAAAGUAAGCAAUUUGGAUUAGACGUGUACACUAACUUUGAAAAUGUACUUAAUUCUUAUUUUAUCAUAAUUCAACUUUAUGGUUGCUGGGAUUUAGUCUAGAUGACAAUUUAAAUAUAUAAAAAUCAAGGGGUCAUAUUUACCGCAUUGUUGCUACUAUUAUUAAACAUCAUGGAUAUUUUUAAAAGUAUAUUCUUCAUUUAGAAAAAGAUUCUUAUACUCUUACUAUAUAUAUAUAUAUAAUAAAUAACUAUUUAAAUAAAAAAAAUUCUUUUCUGUUUUCAAAUUAUAUUUUUUCAAAUUUAAAAUUUUUUAAAGAUUUUUUUUGUAUUUUGUUUUGAUUUUUUUUUCAAAUUUUCUUUUUAAAGCCCAAAAAUUAUUUUUGAAACUAUUUUUAAAAAAAUUUAAAACUUUUUUAAGUAUUUAUAUAUAUAUUUAUUAGAAUCUAAACUCUACAUUCUAUGUAUAGAUUAACUAACUCUAUGUUAUAAAUAUAUUUUUUCCUCUUUACAAAUGAUAAUAAAAAUGAUUAAAGUAAAUAUGAAAAGUGGUAUUAUGAAUACGGUAUUUUUGGGGACUUUCUAAAAAAUCAAUAGCUACAAAAGUUUACUAUAUAUACAUAUUAAUAGUGAUUCAUUAUUCAUUAUACUUGAACACCUUUACAAGCUAUAAGCAAACACCAUAUGAGAAGUAAGAGGCUUUGCUUCUUCGUUUUGUUCUUUUUCUCCUUGUUAGUAGAACUCAACAGAGCACAGAACAACAAAAGAACUGAAGUCCAUAUUGGUGUUGUGGCAGAUGUCGGAACAAGUUACUCCGACGGUGCCAUGCUUUGUGUCAACUUGUCUCUCGCCGAUUUCUAUUCUUCUCAUCCCCACUUUCAGACAAGGCUUGUCGUCAACAUCGGUGACUCCAGAGAAGAUGUCGUCGGUGCUGCAUCUGCAACUCUUGAGCUGAUAAAGAACAAUCAAGUGAAAGCGAUACUGGGGCCAUGGUCAUCAAUGCAAGCUCAUUUCUUGAUCGAGAUUAGCCAAAAGGCACAGGUUCCGCUUGUCACCUACGCAGCAACAAGCCCAUCUCUUACGUCUCUCCGCAGUCCAUACUUCUUUCGCGCUACUUACGAGGACUCCUUCCAAGUAGAUGCCAUAAAAGCGAUCAUCAAGUUGUUCGGGUGGAGAGAAGUUGUGCCUGUUUACAUUGACAACACCUUUGGAGAAGGCAUAAUGCCUCGUCUCACCGACGCUUUACAAGAGAUCAAUGUUCGAAUACCUUAUAGAUCCGUAAUUGCUCAAAAUGCAACUGAUCAUGAAAUCUCUUUGGAGCUUCUUAAGAUGAUGACCAUGCCGACAAGAGUCUUUGUUGUCCACAUGUACUCUUCUCUUGCCUCAAGAUUCUUCAUCAAAGCUAAUGAGAUUGGUUUGAUGGAACCAGGAUACGUCUGGAUCCUUACCAAUGGAGUUGCCGAUGAGUUACCUUGGAUGAAUGAGAUGAGUAUUGAGGCUAUGGAAGGAGUGUUAGGUGUUAAAACUUAUAUUCAAAAAUCCAAAAAUCUUGACAAUUUUAAAGCUCGUUGGAGGAAAAGAUUCUCAACGAUGGAGCUGAGCGUCUAUGGAUUGUGGGCUUAUGAUGCUAUCACCGCACUGGCGAUAGCCAUUGAAGAAGCUGGAAUAGAUGACUUGACUUUCAGCAAUGCGGAUCCUAGGAGAAAUGUGUCUGAACUUGAAUCUCUAGGCUUAUCUCAAUACGGUCCAAAGCUUCUCAAGACACUCUCACGAGUUAAGUUCAAAGGACUUGCAGGAGACUUCCGUUUUAUCAACGGGCAACUGCAACCAUCGAUGUUUGAGAUUAUUAAUGUGGUGGGAACCGGAGAAAAGUCGAUAGGAUUCUGGACAGAGGAAAAUGGUCUUGUGAAGACACUAAACCAGAAACCACGGAGCAUGAGCGCUUUGUCCACUUGGAAAAAUCAUCUUAAACAAAUUACAUGGCCUGGAGAGGCUGAGUCUGUUCCCAGAGGAUGGGAGAUCCCGACCAAUGGGAAGAAGUUGCGCAUCGGAGUUCCAAAGAGAGCUGGUUUCACUGAUCUUGUGAGGGUCACAAGAGAUCCUAUCACCAAUUCAACAUCAGUCACAGGUUUCUGCAUAGAAUUCUUUGAGGCCGUGAUUCGAGCAAUGCCUUAUGAUGUCUCCUAUGAGUUCAUUCCUUUUGAGAAACGCAAUGGUAAAGCAGCUGGUGAUUACAACGACUUAGUCCACCAAGUGUACCUCGGGAGAUAUGACGCUGUUGUUGGAGACACAACCAUACUUGCAAACAGGUCGUCGUACGUCGACUUCACAUUCCCAUUUAUUAAAUCAGGUGUAGGAUUAAUCGCUCCCAUUAAAGACCAAGUGAAAAGAGACAGCUUCACUUUCUUGAAACCUUUGUCGUGGAAACUAUGGUUGACUUCCUUUGGCUUCUUCUUCAUUGUUGGAAUUACUGUUUGGGCUCUUGAACAUAGGGUCAACCCAGACUUUCGUGGACCUCCUAAUUACCAAGCUAGUACUAUCCUCUGGUUUGCCUUCUCGACCAUGGUUUUUGCGCCAAGGGAAAGAGUGUUUAGCUUUGGGGCGAGGAUCCUGGUUAUCGCAUGGUAUUUCGUUGUUCUUGUGCUGACUCAAAGCUACACAGCCAGUUUGGCGUCGCUUUUGACAUCACAGCAACUUCAUCCAACCAUAACUAGCAUGAGUAGCUUGCUUGAGAGAGGAGAAAGAGUGGGUUAUCAGAGAACAUCGUUCAUCUUUGGAAAGCUUAAAGAAGCAGGUUUCUCUCCAUCUACCCUUGUGGCCUUUGAUACGCCAGAAGAAUGCGAUGAACUUCUCAGAAAUGGACCAGAAAAAGGUGGAAUCUCUGCAGCUUUCCUGGAAACACCUUACUUGAGACUACUCCUUGGACAAUAUUGCAACACUUAUAAAAUGGUUGAAGAACCAUUUAAUAUCGAUGGAUUUGGCUUCGUUUUUCCAAUCGGAUCUCCUUUAGUCGCUGAUGUUUCAAGGGCAAUUUUGAAAGUAGCAGAGUCACCGAAGGCAAUGGAACUUGAGCGCGCAUGGUUCAAGAAGAAGGAAGAACGUUGUCCAGACCCAGUCACUAAUCCGGAUCCAAAUCCAUCUCUUACCUCUAGGCAGCUGGGCGUAGACAGUUUCUGGCUUCUGUUUCUUAUUGUGUUUGUUGUGUGCAUUAUAACACUCGGAAAAUUAACAUUAUGUUUCCUAUGGAAGACUGAAGGGAAUCGUUUCUGGAAAUGGAAAUGGAAAGAGUUUCAACAACGAGACAACGAUUCCUACAUCAACCAGGUAGAGAUGUCUCCGUGUUCGUCAAGUCGACCCAUACCUGACAACAAUUAAGCAACAAACCAGACAGACAACGCUUAAGACACAAGUAAGCAACCAUUUUGUUUGAAUGUCUUAAGGAUCAUACAUGACUAUGACUGUCGUUACUUUAAGAAAAAAAAAACUAUAUGUAAUUUAUUGUAUAUAUCGAAGACGUGUUUCGUAAAAUUCAGUUCUUCAAAAUGCUGUUAUAGUACCCAUUAUAUUAUACAAGUGAAAAAACAAGUCACCAUAAUGAUCGAGCAGGUUACGUGUUUUGCAAGAAAUUAAACUUAGGGCUAGGCUCUCUUACACAUGUGCCAAACAAUAAAUACGAGUAAAGAAUUCAUAAGAUAAUGGAAGGUAGGCACAAAUCAGACAACGAUUCGUACAUCAACCAGGUAGAGAUGUCUCCGUGUUCGUCAAGUCGACCCAUGCCUGAGAACAACAGCCAAGCAACAAACCAGACAAACCAUGUUUAAGACGCAAGUAAGCAACCAUUUUGUUUGAAUGUCUUAAAGAUCAUAACGUGAAGUUCUUAACAUAAUAUAAAAUACGUCUCUUAACGUUUAACUAAGAAAAACUAAGAGACGUCUCUUAUAUCUCUUAUUCAAAUCUUAUUCAAGAGACGUUUUUUAGUUAAAAGCUAAAAGACGUAUAUUAUAUUACAUUAAAAAUUCCACCUUAAGAGACAUGCAUUAAUCAUGAUGUAGUAUAUAUUGAAGACGUGAUUCUUAAAAUUGAGUUUUUCUAUAUGCUGUUAUAGUACACAUUAUCAUAUACAAGUGAAAUAACAAGUAACCAUAAUAUCGAGCAGGUUACAUGUUUUGCAAGGAAUUAUACUUAGGGCUAGGUUCUCUUAUCAUGUGCCAAAAAGUAAAUACGAGUACCGAAUUCAUAAAAUCAUGGGAGGUAUGCACAAAUCUAUUGAACCACCAAUUCAUAAGAUGAUGGAAGAUUAGUAAUCAGAAAGUAUAUUUAGCCACUUUAGCUUUUCACUAUCGGAUUCCACAAUGUAACUUUGUUAUUAUUAAUAUAAUGUUUUUUUUGUUAGAUGAAUUCUCAUGAGAAAGCUUGCUAUUAGUAUUAGUGAUCAUCAAUUUAACGCUUAUUUUGAAAUACUGUUACUAUCUUUUGCAACAUUUAUUAACUUAACCCCCUUCCCCAAAAGCAACUAUUUCAAUAUCCUUUUGUCAUCUAAAUAUACACAUUCUGUCGUUUUACCGGGAAGACAAGCAAUGAAGGGCAAAUAUUCAUAUUAUGGCAUUUUGUACUUAUUCGUUUGGAUUUAUUUGUUUUAAAUCUACAUUAAGGAGUUUAGUCUUAGGUAGUUAGUCUAGUAAACUUAGUCAGACCUAGCCGUCUUGCUUUGUCUUCCCUGUUAGUCAGACCUCGCCGUCUUGCUUUGUCUUCCCUGUUGUAAUCUUGCUCUCUAGACAAACAUUCAGUACGGUUUGUCUCUCAUAAGUAUAUAUGAAAUUGUGGAAUAAAACUUUAUCUUUCAAACUGUUACGCAUUAUUUUCUGGUUAUUUGUUAUUUAUUUUUUUAUCUAAAUAAAGUCCGGAUCCCGUAAAAGUUUUGUGUUAUAAAUUUUGAUUGUAUUGAGUUUCGGCUCUCAUAAAAACACUACCUUGAAACAAUAUCUAUCAUAAUCUAUGAUGAAUGAUACCUAUCAUCUGGAUGCAUCAUGAUCCGAUUAUAACAUGAAAAUAUUCAUAUAAGUAAGUAUCUGAUUACAUGUGGUUGCUUCAACUAAGCAAUUGAUAUGUGGCAACAUAAAGUUGUUUUAGACAUGCUUUGUUUAAAUCGAUAAAAUCAAAGCAAAUUCCCCAUCUAUCAUUUUUUACGACCACUAGGGUUACAAGACAAUAUGGAUAUUUAACCUCAAUGAUUGAUCAUGCUCCUAAAAAUUGCUCGACUUUGUCAUUUACAAUUUUUGCUCGCUCUAGGACAAGUUUCUGCCGUUUUUUGUUAUCGUUUAAAAUGUUGGAUCGAUGUUUAUUUCGUGUGUUAUGUACUCUUUUGUGGGUUAUGAUGUUUCAGGCCGGCUGGCAGUUUGGCUGGUGUAGAGACUCUUGUUGUAACCUAACCAAUUGUAGCUCUUACUUGAGUAAAUAUCGUAUCCUCUGUUCUUCUAAAUCAUUAUCUAUUUAACCUCCUUUUGUGAUAAUUAUUGUAUGAUUCUCUAACUUGGUAAGUAGAUACCUUCUUUAUCGUAUAUAACCCUAAACGCUCUAUUUAUGGAACGACGAAUAAAUAAAUGUAAACAUUUACCAUGGUUCUGAUCCUCAAUAUUUUAUGAGCUCUUCCAAUCCAAUACAAUGAUACCUUUUGAACCACAUAGUCACAAUCUUCCAGAGCUGCAUGCUCCCUUUGAAAGCGCAACUCUUCCCAACUGAUAAAAGCCAUAAACCGACAUGAGCCACUAACGGAACUUCACGGGGGUCCUGGCUGACAUCUUCAAUCUGAGCUCCUCCCCUGCUUUGUCUAUCUCCUUUAAUUGGAUUUCUAGAAAUCAAAACCUUGUAGCUGAUUCUCUAGCAAAAGAAGCUUUAUGUAUGGGUGAGGCUUUUAUGGCCCUCACCUAACAGUUUAUUUCAAAGUUAAUGCAAGUUGUGUUCAAAAAAAAAAA